GUAUUAAAGAGAACAAGAACACCAGGUCCUAGGAGAAGUGAAGACGAGAAGCGAAAAAAAAAAAACCGGUGAGAUGCUGUCCUCGUGGAGACUCACAUCUACAGUCUUAAGUUCGGCUUGCCAAACAAAAACAGAGAAAACCUGGAGACGUUUCGUUCGAGAGGCCAGAGACGGGGGUGAAGAAGCUCCAUCCUCAAGACAGGAAGAGCACGCGCCUUUAGCAGGGACGGCUCCCGAGGAUUCGCAAGCAAAGCUUAGUCGGGGCCAUGAUCCGACUCGAGCUCCGCUAGGGUUUCAGGUUCCCUGGCAAAACCAACCCCUGCUUGGUCUUCUAGACCGGGGAUGGCGUCGAUCUUGGCCUAACCCGAAGUUCGCCAACCAGUGUGAUGUGAUAGUUGCCUAUCCUGCAUUGACCGGCCCCUCGACGAUCAAACACCUACUACCAUUAUUAGUGAGGGGUCCAAAUCGGCUCCCUCCACACAAGUCGUCGUGGGCGAUUCGUGGUGUUUCCCAGCGUAAGAGGUGGUACCCCACGCUCCCUAUAGCCAAAAAUUAGGUGGGACGCCAAGAAAGACGAAGAAAAGAACGGCCAGCCAUCCUGUCGGCCUUGGCGCUGUGAUGUUGAACCUCUUCUCAUUUGCGUGCGAAAUCCGGCAUUGUGGGUGAAGUCGCCUUCUGAUCGCCAUGCCUAGGCGGCAAUGUCAUCCAGUAGUGGCGGAACGCUCAGUUGCUACGCUGAGACGAGAAGAUCACCGGUUAUCUGCAACACACGCAUAAAAUCCGAAAGGGGGUGUUGUAGUCUUCCAUCAAUGCUACUGUUGGUUGAUGGUGCCAGCACCUAAUGUGUGCCGAUAGCGUCUCUGGCGAUGCGAUUUCCACAGCUCACGAACCCCCGCUGCCGGUUAAAUCGGACGACGUCCACAGACAUUACAGCGCGCUACCUACGUAGUAGACAUGCCACUCCGUAAGUAGGCUACAAAAUGAAGGGGUGCCAAUCGCACGACCGGCCAUUUUCCACGUGGUAAGGAAAAUAAUCCUA